AGGGGAGAAUCAGGUUAGGAGGGGCGUGUCUCUGGGGCUGACAGAUUCAGUGUCACGAUUGGUUCGUGUACAGCAGAGUAUCCGGAUGUUGCGUUUGUUGGCGUCCAUGCGGACGAAGGAAACAUGGCGGUCUCUGCCGGGAGAUCUGUCAUUUUUGUUACUGGAAAUACCAAGAAGUUAGAGGAGGUCGUUCAAAUCUUGGGGGACAAAUUCCCUUACAAACUAAUAUCGAAGAAGAUCGACUUGCCAGAAUACCAGGGAGAACCAGAUGAAAUCUCCAUACAGAAGUGUCAGGAGGCAGCUAGGCAGGUAGAUGGGCCGGUUAUGGUUGAAGACACCUGCCUCUGUUUCAGAGCUCUGGGUGGGCUUCCCGGGCCGUACGUAAAGUGGUUCCUGGAGAAGCUGAAACCAGAAGGUCUGUAUAAACUCCUGGCAGGCUUCGAGGACAAGUCGGCCUGGGCUCUGUGUACGUUUGCCUUCUGUGCAGGGAAAGAGGAACCUGUUCAGCUCUUCAAGGGCAUAACAGAGGGCUGCAUCGUGGACCCCAGAGGACCCCGAGAUUUUGGGUGGGACCCAUGUUUUCAGCCGGAUGGAUACGACAAAACCUACGCCGAACUCCCAAAGGAGGUGAAGAAUUCGAUCUCCCACCGCUACAGGGCAUUGGCGGCCAUGUCUCAGCACUUCUGCCAGCUCAAUGGCGCCCCAGAGAACAAGACGAUGAAGUGUGACGAAUAGUGUCGUCAUGGAGACCCCGCCCCCUGUCCGAUGGCAACUAAACGUAAUAUUCUGACACACAAAUCUCACAAUCUGUAUGUUGAGGUGAACAUAAUAAGUUACAUUUAUUGGAUAAAUUUGCUAUACGAGCUGCGA